AUGCAAUUGAGAAAUACCGACUCUGGCUGUUUUAUAAUAUUCUACUAUCUCUGUGAGUGUACCGGCCGUAAUGGUCCGAAUCAGUCCAAGCGUUUUAUCGCAUUAACGAACAAGUCGGCCGUGUUUUCAGCUUACGUAACUCGAACCAUGUACGGUAAACUGCAACCAGACAUAUGGUCUCAACUCAGUGCUCCACAAUCCACCCAAAAAAUCAUACUUGGUGCCCCGAUUCCAAUCGACAACGAAAGCCUAUUCCGAUUGCCCAAUCAGUCAAAGAUCUGUGAAACUUUUAUUAAUUCCUAUUAUUUGGACUGGGAUGCGAGUACCACGAACGCAAACUCGAUUUCGGAAGCACUCGGUGUACCUAAACCACCUUUACCUCGUCCCUCCAAGGCACCGUGGUCGACGACUGGCGGCUGGUCCGAACCUUCCGCGGUGUCUAGUCACAAUUCGCGUGCUCAUUCUUCAUACCCAUUGACCGGUCGGACUUCUGGACGCGACGUAUAUUACGAGAACGCCUCGGGAGCUACACGUGUCACGUUGUACACCUUUACCACUCCCUUAUAUCCGGCAAAUUAUCCAGCGCAAAUUGAUUGUAUCAAGAUUAUUCGAGGAGAUGUGACCGCAAUAAAUUGUCGUGAUUAA